AGCACCUCUGACGUCACUCUUGCGGUAUGACGUGGCCUCCCUGCAGCCCAACGCGCAUGCGCACACAUGUGAGGCUGGCAGCGGCGCGCAGUAAAUCUGCUGAUGUGACGACAAAGACGACAUCGUGACCCUGACGUGACUUUUAUCGCGACAAGAAAAUCGCAAUAUGUUGUUUGUUGUUGACGUGGUUCGCGCUUUGUUGUGACGCCGCUCUGCUAAAAGUCUGGUUGUUUGACAUCAAGCUAGUACGGCAGGACGUGAAGGCGAGCUAACGUUAGCUCAUCAAAUGUUCUUUUAGCUUUUUAGCAAACAGCGAGGAUUCAUCUGCAUGAAUGUCGCGAUGCAAAGUGUGAAAGUGGGCUCGUCACAGCUGGCCGCUGCUCUUCAACACGCGUGGGACUCACUGGAGAUGACGUUCAUCCAUCUUGGCGUCUAAUAUUGACAAAGUGCUGCAUACACAGCAGAUGAGUCGGCCGUGGCGGGACACGCCCCCGUCGGCGGCGAGGCUGGCCAACGAUUCCCCUGCAGGCUCUGCCACCAUGGCCCCCCAGGGGUCCAACUCCUCCUGGAUACCAGAGACCCCGCUGGUCACACCGGAUCAGCCUGUUUUCCUCAUGACCUCCACUGCCCAGACCAUAUCCGGCUUUUUUGUCUGGACGGCGCUGCUCAUCACCUGUCAGCAGAUCUACAUGCACCUACGUUACUACAGCUCUCCAAACGAGCAGCGGCACAUCGUGAGGAUCCUCUUCAUAGUCCCCAUCUAUGCCUUUGACUCCUGGCUCAGCCUUCUGUUCUUCACCAACGAGGAGUACUACGUGUACUUCGACACAGUUCGAGACUGUUACGAAGCCUUCGUCAUCUACAACUUUCUCAGCCUGUGUUAUGAGUAUCUGGGAGGCGAGAGCGCCAUCAUGGCGGAAAUCAGGGGGAAAGCCAUCGAGUCCAGCUGUAUGUACGGGACAUGUUGUCUGUGGGGUAAGACCUACUCCAUCGGCUUCCUCAGGUUCUGCAAGCAGGCCACUCUGCAAUUCUGUGUGGUCAAACCACUGAUGGCAGUGAUCACUGUCAUUCUCCAAGCCUUUGGGAAGUACAAAGAUGGAGAUUUCAAUGUGGCCAGCGGCUACUUGUACGUCACCAUCAUCUACAACUUCUCCGUCAGUCUGUCGCUCUACGCCCUCUUCCUCUUCUACUUCGCCACGCGACAGCUGCUGGUCCCCUUCAGUCCCGUGCUCAAGUUCUUCAUGGUCAAGUCCGUCAUCUUCUUGUCCUUCUGGCAGGGUGUGCUGCUGGCCAUCCUGGAGAAGUGCGGCACCAUUCCUCAGAUAAACUCGGCAGACAUUUCUGUGGGCGAGGGAACGGUCGCCGCCGGUUACCAGAACUUCAUCAUCUGCAUCGAGAUGUUCUUCGCUGCACUUGCUCUGCGCCACGCCUUCACCUACAAGGUCUACAUGGAUAAGCGCUUGGAUUCUUAUGGCCGCUGUGCACCAAUGAAAAGCAUCUCCAGCAGCCUGAAGGAGACCAUGAACCCAGGUGACAUGGUCCAGGACGCCAUCCACAACUUCUCCCCGGCGUACCAGCAGUACACCCAGCAGUCCACCCUGGAGAGGGGCGGGGGGCCGGCUCUGUCCCGCACCCUCAGCAACCUCAGCACCCGGGGGGACAACGAGAAGACCCUGCUGCUCAGCUCCGAUGACGAGUUCUGACAUCCUUGGAGGUUCCUGCAGUCCUGGCCGGGUGAAAGGUCAGCCUAAAGUUGGUGACUGACUGAUGAGCGAGCGCGUGUGUCACAAACACUACAUACAAGUCACCUUCUCCAGGGGCCACACCACACAAUCAAGGGCCACACCACACAAUCGAAUGCAUGACAACCUUCAGACUAAAACCAAAUUGUCUGAAAAAUUAAGCAUUUAUUUCCCACAAAAAAAAAAAGUAUGACAUCAUUGUGGGGAGACUACCAGCUAGCAUCAACGUUAAUAGUACACAACUGUGAGUAAUCAGGAUUAACCCAAAUUAAUCUGAUUUAUGAAACAAAAUUGUCAUUUAACAGCACCACUGAAAAUGUUUCACACGGCCUAAAAUAUACGUAAUUUUAUUAGGGCUGCAACUAUGGAUUAUUUUAGUAGUCCAGUUAUCUGUCGAUUAGUUUGUUCGAUUAAUUGACUAAUCGGAUAAAACAUAUGGAAGUAGAAUUGUCUCACAUCAACUUAUAUACAUCAAUAUUAUAUUAAUACAUAUGCAUAUAUUAAUAAAUAUACAAAUACAAAUGUGA